AUGGGCGAAGACUCGGCACGCUCGGAGGUCACUACGGCCGUUGCGAACGCCUCAUCCGACAAUGUGUUGAGCGAUUGCGAUGAGCUGCAGUCGGUAAGGACAGCUUGUUUUUUUGUAAAUAUUUUUGGGCGAUUUUUUUAUUUUUGAAGGAUUUUUAGUUUUUUGAAUUAUUGAGAUUUUUGAUUUUUGCAAAAAAAAUCUUUUUGAUUAUUUUGGAAUGAAAUUUUUUGAAUCUCAAAAAAGUUGGUUUCUUCAAAAAAUCAAAAUUUCUUGAGAUAUUUUUUGGUGUAUUACGGAGACAUCCGGGCUUUUUUUCAAAUUAGAAACAUUUUUUCUAAUCAAAAAAGCUUUAUUUUACCAAUAAAAAUGAAAAAAAAACAAAAAAUGCCACGAACCGGGAUCGAACCGGUGACCUUUAGAUCUUCAGUCUAACGCUCUCCCAACUGAGCUAUCAUGGCGCGCUCUUCCACUUUUCUUUUUUGACCUCCUAAAAAUAAAAUUUCAAAAAUUUCGAGUAUACCAUGGUCAUUUCGAAUCAAUUUUUUCAGGUCUUCUCCAACCUAAGCGUGUCCGACCUCAACUCCGAACUGCACACCACGUCCGUGUCCACGGCCUGCUCCGAUCAGCCGAGAACUGCGGACGACUUUGCGCACGAUCUGGAUGGAGAACUCGUUCGGACUCUCACGGAAGAUGCUGCGAUCGAAAUGCGAAAGAAGAAGUUGAAGAUCAAAUUUGCGGCAGAGAGGACGGUGUGCAUCACGAAGAAGAGAGAUCGUCCUGAGGAUUUCGGGAAAUGCGGAUAUCGUCAAACCCCGAAUCCGUGGAGAAGACAUGGCGCUGUGAAGACGUUGCAUCAGGUUGGAGGAUGGUGUUCGAAGAAUAAAAAGGACAGGAAUACGGCUUUUGUGAAGGUGAGUGACUGUUUUUUGUCAAGAAUGAUAUAUUUGGCGCUACGACUUUUCGUUUUCGGGUAACCUCAAAAUCGAUCGAUACGGGGCAUAGGGCAGGUAAAUACUCAAAAAAAAGUUGUAGCAAAUGCCUACUACGUCUGGCAAAGCUGUUGGAUGGUCGGCACUCGCCCGCCGGAGGCUCGGCGGAGAGUUGGGAAGGCUUGCAAUAUUCCCACUUUUUCUAAUUUUAGUUAUUCCUACAGUUGGUUUUCUUUACGCUGACUGACUAUAUUGUAACAUAUAAAAGAUCAAAAUUUAUGGAUCUUUGGUGACAAAUGGAUUCUCCUAGCCUCCACCAUGCAUAAAACGACGAACCGAGGCAAUCCAUAGUAUCGUUGACCCGAAAUGUCGCUGAUUCGAAAAGUCGUAGCGCCAAAUAUAUUUUAACGUUUUACGGGACACCCUCGCAUAAAGAUGGUUGAACAUCUCGACUGCGGUUGCAAAUAUCAAAAAUAGUUUUUUUUUUGAAUUAAGCUCUACACUACUUAUUGUUAGACUGCAUAGGCAAAGGUUAGCGAAAUUUCGAGCAUAAAAUUUUGACAAUUUCACAAUUUUAAUUUUUUCAUUACAUUUUUCCGGAUUUUUUUAAAUUUCAGCCCGGUUCUCACCCACCUAAAGCUCCAAAUCACCCUCAUAUCUCGCUCCACCACGACCCGGAUGCCUUGGAAGCGAAGCUGUUCUGUUUUGUCAUAAGCAGACAACAAGAUGGCACUCAAUGUGCAAAUUCCAUUGCUGAUCAAAUCGCUGGGAAAUGCGAAAACUUGGAGAUAAAUGAUGUAAAAAAGAGCGUCAAGACGCAAAAGAAGACUUUAGAAAUUACGGAUGCCCCUGCUAUUUUUGUGAAGGAUACGUCGAUGAGUUCACUGUCUAUUGGGACCAAGCGGCCGAGAAAAGGGAAGAUAAACAAGAAACUGGGGUAA